AUGAGUCCAUCAACUGCAUUCAAGUACUUGGUCAUACAGCGAUGUAACAAUCUUACAAGAAUUCAGAUUUCUGAUGCAAAUCUUGUUUCAUUCGUUAAUGAGGCAGAUGGGUUGCAGUCUAAUAAGGUAGAUUUGCAUCUUAAGAAUCUACCGCUUCUUGUUGAGGUAUCUCUUGGUGGAAGACGUUCAAUUGAUUUCUUAGAAGUUGCCUUCCAAAUCUGUUGCUGUCUUGCACAAUUAGAGGUUCUCAAACUGAAUGAGUUCAGCAUGAUCUACAGAAGGGAGUCUGUAUUUCCUACACUAUGUAAUCUCAAGCAUUUGGAAUUACCAUUGCAUGAAGAUGAUGAUAGCGCUCUUCUGCAACUAUCUUCCUUCAUGAAGGCAGCUCCGUUAUUGCAUACACUUGUGUUGCAGUUACGCUAUUCAAUGAGAAGGAAAGGACCCUUUCCCAAUAAGAAAGCUGCCAAGUGCUUGCAUAACAACCUCAAGGUGGUGGAAAUUGUAAGAUAUAUAUAUACAUGUACCACACGUCAUAUUGAUCUUGUGAAGUACGUGACGAAAGCUGCUAUGAAUUUGGAGAAAAUUGUUUUUCAUAGUGACUGUGACCGGGAUUACCGCUCAAGAGUUAGACUAGUCCAGACGGAAUUCGAGCUUGUUGAAAGGAGAAAAGAAUGUUUGUCUCAUGUUCGGAUGAUUAAGAAAAAGUUGCCUGCAAGUGUAGAAGUUGUUUGCCUCUAG